AUGCCGGGGAUGAGGCUAAAGGUAAACAAGAAAACUGGAAAACGGAACUUAAUCAGAUCUUGGAUAGGCAGAGAUGAUCCCCAGCCAGGGAAACUCUCGUGGGGAAUGGAUCCUAAAGGAUCUCCCCAGUUUUUGAUUUGGAAAGAUGAUAAACCUUAUUAUAGGAGCAAUUUGUAUUUACUUACAGUAGAAAAUGAUGAUGAAUAUUUCAGCUAUGGAUAUGCUGACACCUCAAUUCAAAUAAGGUUCAUUUUGAUUCCAGAUGGUCAUAUUCAGGCACUGUUGAGGCAAAAAAAGAGUGAUGAAUGGUUGAUACAGUGGCAGGUGCCCGCCACCGAUUGGUUUAAACCGAAAUCUCAGAGAGAUUGGGAUAAGGGGAAUUAUGGUGGAGGGUGUGUGAGGAGAAAAGAUCUGCAAUGCGAUGGGAAUGAUAGGUUCAUGAGGCUUCCGAGGAUGAAAUGGCCUGAUCAUUCGACUUCAUUGGGGAAUAUGACAUUUGAGGAAUGUGAAAUUGCGUGUUCUAGGAACUGCUCUUGCAGUGCUUUUGCAUAUGCGAAUAUCAGUACUGACUCUACUGUCAAUUGUUUAAACUGGUUUGGCGACUUGGUCGAUUUGACACAUAACAAUUCAGCUGGUCUUAAUGGUUUUGGCCAAGAUCUCUAUGUUCGUGUUCAUUCAUCUGAGCUAGAUGGAAGUAGUGGAAAUGAACAUUCAGCUCACAAAAACAAAGGUCUUGUUGCAAUAAUAGUUGCUUCGGUCUCUGCAUUCUUUCUUGUUGCAGUUUUGGCAUAUAUCCUCAACCGGAAAUACUUUAGAAGGAAAGAUUUGGUAUCUAAGAAGUCUACACUUGUUAACUCAAUGUCGACUACACCCCUUAGCUUGCUUGAAAAGAUGAUAUAGAGUUGCUGCAAUUCAGCUUGUUUAGAAUAAUCGAUGCUACAGACAACUUCGAUGAAGCAAACAAACUUGGAGAGGGUGGUUUUGGUCCCGUGUAUAAGGGGUUUUUAUCGGAGUUUGGGAUGGUAGCCAUCAAAAGGCUUUCUAAGCGAUCGUCUCAAGGUCUGGAGGAGUUCAUGAAUGAGUUGAAGCUAAUUGCAAAACUACAGCAUACGAAUCUUGUGAGCCUAUUGACCAAACUCGGGCAGAAACAAUCCAUGUGGUUGGAACAUAAUGGAAGUGGUGGAAAUGAACAUUCAGCUCACAAAAACAAAGGUCUUGUUGCAAUAAUAGUUGCUUCGAGUCUCUGCAUUCUUUCUUGUUGCAGUUUUGGCAUUUAUCCUCCUCAACCGGAAAUACUUUAGAAGGAAAGGUACACAGUUACCGUUUUGAAUUUUUUAUUCCUAUCAAGAAAGUCUUUAAAUAACCAUUAAACCAAUCACAUUAAAUAUAGCCAUAAAAAGAAAACAAUUAGGAUUUGACUCCAAUUGCAAAUUAAUGAUUACAAUAUCUAUCCUC